AUGUCAUUUUUAAAAUUAAAUAGUAGAAAUAAUCAAUUGUUUAAAUCAAUUAUAAAUUCCAAUAAAUUUUUAAAUUCUAGAUAUUUUGCAAGUAAAGUCAGAUUAAAUGAUGGCAGAAUUUUAGAUUUUGAUCAAGACAAUAUUACACCACAGGAUAUAAUAAAAAAGAUUGGUAAAAGCAAUUUCAAACACACAUUAACAUCUAGAGUCAACUCAAAUCAACUUGUAAAUUUAAAGGAACCUAUCGAAUUGAAUGACUUUAAUAUAGAAUUCUUAGAUUUUGAAGAUUUAGAAGUAAGAAAAGCCUUUUGGAAUACCAGUUCAUUAGUAUUAGCUGCAGCAAUUAAAGAACACUAUAAAAAUACAACAGAGUUUUCAGUAGAUAGUGUUCUUCAAGGUAGUUUCUUUGUUGAUGUAUAUUUUUCAAAGAGCUCCAUGACAAUCAAAGAAGAAGAUAUCAAAAGGAUCAAAAAGAUUAUGGAACAUUUUAUAAAGCAAAAUGAAGCAAUUCAAAAAUUCGCAAUACCACAGGACAAGGCCAAACUUUUAUUCUGUACCAAUCCAGCCAUAUUAAAAACCUUUACAGAAGGAGAAAAUAAGGAUGUACAAGUUAUCGAUUUAAAUGGACAUUACUUUUUAGAAAAAUUCAAGCCAUUGGAACCAAUUGCAAAAAUUCAAUCACUUGACUUGAUUAAGAACAGCUCAGUAGUCGGUGAUGAUCCAUCCUACACAAAAUUACAACGUAUAGUUGGUAUAUCGUUCCCAGAGAAAGCUCAAAUGAAAAAUUGGGAAGAUUUGUCAAAAAAAGCAUCACUUCGUGAUCACAGAUUGAUUGGUAAAAAUCAAGAGUUAUUCUUUUUCCAUCCAUUUUCACCAGGAAGUUGUUUCUUUUUACCACAUGGAACCAAAAUCUAUAAUAAAUUAUUAAAUUUCUUACGUUCAGAAUACCGUAGACGUGGAUAUCAAGAAGUCAUUACACCCAACAUCUACAGUCAAAAACUAUGGGAGCAAUCAGGUCAUUGGCAAAAUUAUAAAGAUAAUAUGUUUUCAUUCGAGUGUGACCAUACACACUACUCUUUAAAGCCAAUGAAUUGUCCAGGUCAUUGUUUAAUGUUUGCUCAUCGUCAACGUAGCUACAAAGAACUCCCAAUGCGUAUUGCUGAUUUUGGUGUUCUCCAUCGUAACGAAAGCCAUGGUUCAUUAACUGGUCUCACAAGAGUAAGACGUUUCCAACAAGAUGACGCUCAUAUCUUUUGCACACCUGAUAUGAUCCGUGAAGAGAUUGCUCAAUGUCUCGAUUUUAUGAAAUUUGUAUAUAGUGUUUUCAAUUUUACUUUUCAUUUAGAACUUUCAACUAGACCAGAUUCAUUCUUGGGUGAUAUCGAAGUUUGGGAUAAAGCCGAAAAUGCACUCUCUCAAGUAUUAACAGAGUUUUGUGGUAAUCAAUGGAAAAUCAAUCCAAAAGAUGGUGCUUUUUAUGGUCCAAAAAUUGACAUUCAUCUUAAAGAUGCAAAUGGCAAAUCUCAUCAAUGUGCAACAAUUCAAUUAGAUUUCCAAUUACCAAUUAGAUUCAAUUUAGAAUAUAAUGAUGGAAAAAAAGAAGAAACUGAAAAUCAACAAUCAGCCGUUAAUCGUCCAGUUAUGAUUCAUCGUGCAUUAUUCGGUUCAGUAGAAAGAAUGAUGGCAAUUUUAAUGGAACACACUGGUGGUAAAUGGCCAUUUUGGUUAUCACCUCGUCAAUGUAUUGUCGUAUCUGUAUCAAAGGCAUUCAAUAACCAUGCAUUAGAAAUUCAAUCCAAACUUAAUCAAUCAAUGGUGGAUAUCGAUGUUGAUGUUGACAUUAGCGAUAAUCUUAUUGCAAAAAAAGUUUUCGAGGCAACUCAUCUCCAAUAUAACUAUAUUAUUGUUAUUGGUCAAGAAGAAUCAGAUUCUGGUAUAUUAAGUGUAAGAGAACGUGAUAGUAAAUCUAAAGAAAAUAGAAAACUUUCAAUUGAUGAUUUAUUAUCAGAAUUUAAAUUAAAUUUAAAAAAUUUUAAAUAA